AAUCAGCUGUCCUCAAACAAGCGGCCAUACUUACAAAGCACAGCGCCCUCUCUUGAUGUGUGCUAUUGCGAAUAGCCUUUGAUAGGAUGAUAUCAGUCCCCUUCUACGAUUUUUUCUACUCUGAUUAAUGCUGUUAGUCAUAACCACUUGUUGAUACUUGAUAGCAGGUUUUGAAUUUUAACAAAUUACAAAGGACCAUGGAAGAAGUGCCGAAAUGGCUCAAAGAACUGGAAGAAAAACGCGAAAGGCGAUUAAAAGCGAGAUUGGGACAUGAAGCAGGAGCAGGUUCCCCGUGUUUGACUUGCGAAGAUAAGUGCCCAGGACUCGACCUUCAUUUCUGGAGGAAAAUUUGUAAAAACUGCAAGUGCGGGAAGGAGAAUCACGAUGUGAAUGAUGACGAUAUUUACGGUUGGGCUCAGUUCCAAUUGCUAGGCAGUAAGCCGAAUAAAAGUAAAAAAAUUGUGCUUGCGGGGCGUAAAGAUGCCGUUGAGCUAGAUUGGACGCCAAAAGGACAAAGCGACACAGUUGAUUUAUAUCUUAAAGAAUUGCCUGUGAAUUUACUACCAAUUAAGGGUUCAUAUGCGGCUCAGGAACGGAAACAGCUACUGCAGAAGCAAAUACCAUUGCACGAUAUCGAUCCUGCAUUAUGCCAUGCGUUAAGCGACAGUGAAGUGAAACAAAUGAACGAUUACAUCGCACAUGUGAAGCAGAGUAGUGUAGGCAUAGGACAUAUAAUUAAACUAAAUGACCUGCUCAAGAAGCGGGAGAGUCUGAAUCCUCAUUACCAGAUGAAUCGGAUUCCAAUGCAAUUGUCACAAUCACAGCACAUCGUACUGCAAGGCUCUGAUCGUUCAAAUGUAUUACGAGGGGAAGAGGAUGUGUCUAAAAAUUUCAAUCAUCUUUCUCUUUUGGAUUUGCACCCGGCACAGUGUGUGGUGGUGACAGUUGAUAAUCAAAACCCUGCUCAGAUCUCAAAUGUACGUGACAUACAUUAUGAUCCGCUUCAUGUAGCCAAUGUUGAGGGUAGACCCCAGCAUACCAUUUGCAAUGUCAAUUACCCUAACCUCCCAUAUCCUCAGCACAUCGAUAAUCAGACCCCUGUCAAUAUUAAUUUGCCAAAAGAUUUGCAUGCAUCGAUGCAGGGUACUCUACAUCAAAAUGAAAACAAAUCACAUCCUGCACUUCUACCAGCAAUUUACCCCAACCAAUCCUAUGCUAAGCAACAUCAUAAUCAUUCACCUUAUAGUAUACCAUCAAGCAAAGACAUUGAUAUCAACAAUCAAGUGGACAAGACAACUUGCGAAGUGUACGCCGACCAAAAUGUCAAUUUCAACAUCAGCAAUUUAACAGCACAUCCAAAUCUGUUAGGCACGACGAACAUCCCACGGAAUGCUUCAGAAAAUUUGAUAACAUAUGAUCAACAAACCCCCCAAAAAAUAAUGAACAUCAAAGACCUCGCGUACUCCACCUACAACCCACUGAGCCCCAGUCAACUGCACAUCCAAGAAGAAACUCGACAACCAACACCGAUUAAAGUCGGUGCAAUUAAUGACAUCGAAUACCCCUCAGUCAAGCAGGCAGAACAGCGACAGAAUGACUUUAUACCUGACAUUCCACGCAAAAAUGUCCAGUUCAACCUAAACGAUGUGGAGAUCCUCCCCCACUGUCACAAGUGCAAAAAGAUGUUCUCCAUUGAUGACUUUGUCAUAGGAAUCGAUCGAUCGGACGCACUGUGGCACGCGGACUGCUUCCAGUGCACCGGCUGCAAUCAGAAUCUGGCCGACAUGCUCUAUUUUUAUCAUCGCGAAAGCGACGAGAUUUACUGCGGUCGCGAUUAUGCGAAGAUUAAGGGUAUACCUCGCUGUCAGGCCUGUGACGAACUGAUAUUCGUCAAGGAGUAUUGCCUAGCGGAAAAUUCAACGUUUCACGUUAAGCAUUUCUGUUGUUUCGAAUGCGAUAAACCUCUGGCCGGUCAGAAUUAUGUGAUGGAGGAGCUACAGCCAGUUUGUGUACCCUGCUUUGAAAAUAUCAAGGCCGAGAAGUGCAAGGUAUGUUCGCAGGUAAUCAAACCAGAUGAGCAGGGAGCCAAUUUAAAUGGGGUCCAUUUUCAUGCUAACGAUGACUGUUUUUGUUGUAAAAUGUGUAAGAAAGUAUUGUUAGGGACGAGGGUGUUAUUUAAAAAUCAAAACUUGUACUGUUCCACGCCCUGUUUUGCAGCUGAUAAAUAAAUGCCAUAUUUUGA